CUUGGAUGUUGCUCAGAUGGAGCUCAAAGGGUACUUGUGUAUGAAUACAUGAAGAACAGAAGUUUGGACCUAAUAGUAUAUGGAAAAAGUAAUCAGUUCCUGAACUGGAACAUUCGGUUCCAAAUAAUUCUGGCCAUUGCUUGAGGAUUGCAAUACCUGCAUGAGGAUUCACAUUUCAGAAUUGUUCACAGAGACAUCAAAGCUAGCAACAUUCUUCUGGACGAUAAACUUCAACCAAGAAUUGGAGAUUUUGGCCUCGCUAGGUUCUUCCCUGAAGAUCAAGCUUAUCUCAGCGCAAAAUUUGCUGGAACCUUACCUGGAAGCUCUAUGAGAGGUCAAAUGUGAUUGAUCUAGUGGAUCCAAAAAAUGCGGGAGGAUGGGUUUGUGGAGAAAGAUGUUUUGCAAGUAAUCCAUGUUACCUUCUUAUGCAUUCAGCCUCAUGCAAAUUUGAGACCACCCAUGUCAGAGAUUGUAGCGAUGUUAACAUGCAAAGUCGAAGUGGUGAGAACACCUAUUAAACCAGCCUUCUUUGAUAGAAGGUGCAAGAAGGAUGAGAAGGUUUCUUGGGAUACUAUCUCAGAGGUUCUCCCAUCCCCUAUGCAGAGUGAGUCACAUUCCUCGCCUUAAUCUCGAAACUAAGGUUGGCACUUCCACACAACAUACUUCUAUACAAAACCAUACAAUAUAAUUUAUGCUAUGAUUGUUAGAUCCGUUUUGCAAAAUUUGCAGAAAUAGUUCAGCUUUGAUCCCUUUUUUCUCUUGGCUAAGUAGUUUUGUCUAUUAUUUCUUGUACAUACAGAUAUCUACUAAGAGAUGUAGCGAUGUAGAGUUGCAGGAUUGUGGUAUAGGAUCAUAGGAUUGUUGUUUCUUAGAAAAAUAGCCAGAUAGGAGUUUAGUUUGUCAUGUUUGGGAGAUAAGAGUCUGCAGUUGGGGCUGCUAUUAGGUUCUUUAAGCAAUGUCGUAUUGUUGUUGUUGUUGCUGCUACUUCUAUUGGUAUUGCUAUAUUCUCACAGUUAUUAAAUGGACCAUGUGCAUGCAGUCUCAAACUAGGUUAUUUUGCAAGUUAUUUUGAAAGUGGC